AUGGCCGGCGUGGACAACGUGGAGAGGGAGGUCGAGUUCCAGCCGAUGAAGGGAGUCCCGUGCGAUCCGCGACACAUGAUCGCGGGGCACGACGAGGGCCUGGACGGCAGCUGGACCAGUGGCUUCUUCGACAAGGGCUCGUUCACGGAGACCCUGUCCGGCUGGGCGGAGGCGGUGGUCACCGGCAGGGCGAGACUGGGAGGCAUCCCCGUGGGCGUGGUCGCGACGGAGGGGAGGCUGCGCGAGAAGAACUGCCCGGCCGACCCUGCCGACGUGUCGUCUCACGAGAGGAUCGUGCAGCAGGCCGGUGGAGUGUGGUACCCGGACAGCGCGCACAAGACGGCACAGGCGAUCAGGGACCUCAACCACGAGGGCCUCCCGCUGAUGGUGUUCGCAAACUGGCGAGGCUUUUCUGGCGGACAGCGGGACAUGUUCGACGAGGCGAGGUUCGGACGGGUUAAAGGGGAAUGGGGGGUGACUGGCGAAAAUGCGUUUUGA